UGGUCUGUCUGUCUUUCGCAUCCUGCGGCACGGUGAUGGCGUGAGAAGGGCGCGCUGACUCGGGCCGUGUGUCUGUGCAGGCGGCGGCCGGGAACGAUGGUGCCCGUCAGGGAGAGCAGUGAUGGCCCCAUGCUGCUGGACCCGCCCCAGGGGCCCCUGCACGUGGCCCGCGCCCGCGCUUCGUUCCCCUGGAAGGAGCUGGUGCUGUUCUGGGAGGGCGAGGACAUCCUGCGCUACAAGAAAACCAUCUUCUCAGCUCUGGAGAACGACCCCCUCUUCGCCCAUCGCCGUGGCAGCUGGCUCUCUGUGGAGAAGUACCAGGAGCUGAACUUCCUGCGCUGUAAGAGGAUCUUCGAGUACGACUUCCUCCCCAUGGGGGACGUGCUGGGCAGCCUGCCGAAGGUCCUGGCGCUGAUCGAAUGCCUGGGCAUGUACGACUGGUCCCUGGCCUCCAAGUUCUUCCUGCACGUGCUGACUUUUGGAUUCGCGAUUUACAGCUCCGGUUCCGAACAACACUUCAGAUACCUUCCGAAGGUCUUGAGUAUGGAGAUUUUUGGAUGUUUUGCUCUGACGGAAGUGAGUCAUGGGAGUAACACCAAGGGCAUGCGGACAACCGCUCACUACGACCCCACCACCCAGGAAUUCAUCAUCCAUUCCCCCGAUUUCGAAGCCGCCAAGUUCUGGGUUGGCAACAUGGGCAAGACUGCUACCCACGCAGUGGUGUUUGCUCAGCUGUACACGCCGGGGGGCCGGUGUCACGGGCUGCACCCCUUUCUCGUGCAGAUUCGGGACCCGAAGACCCUUCUUCCCAUGCCAGGAGUGAUGGUCGGCGACAUUGGGAAGAAGCUGGGGCAGAACGGCCUGGACAACGGGUUCGCCAUGUUCCAUAAGGUCAGGAUUCCGCGCCGGGACCUGCUGAACCGCUCGGGAGACGUCACCCCUGAGGGCGCCUACAUCACCCACGUCAAGGACGCGGGGCAGCACUUCAGCAAGUCCCUGGGCAGCCUGGCGUUCGGCCGGGUCGCCAUCGUGGCCAUGUCCGUCGUGAACCUGAAGCUGGCCGUGUCCAUCGCUCUGCGCUUCUCAGCCACCAGGCGUCAGUUUGGGCCGACCGAUGGGGAGGAAGUCCCGGUGCUGGAGUACCCGAUGCAG